GGGAGGCAAGAUGGCGGUGCAGGCCGUCCACCUGGAGUCCGACGCCUUCCUGGUGUGCCUCAAUCACGCCCUCAGCACGGAGAAGGAGGAGGUGAUGGGGCUGUGCAUCGGGGAGGUUGAUACCAGCAGAAUAGUCCAUAUUCACUCCGUGAUCAUCUUACGGCGUUCCGACAAGAGGAAGGAUCGAGUGGAGAUUUCUCCGGAGCAGCUUUCUGCGGCUUCUACAGAGGCGGAGAGAUUGGCUGAGAUAACUGGACGCCCCAUGAGAGUCGUGGGCUGGUACCACUCCCACCCCCACAUAACGGUCUGGCCGUCCCACGUUGACUGGCCGGAUACUUUAUACCUGCUUUCAGUCCAUUCAAGCCCAGAAGAGUUCGGAGUACGAGCGAAUCGAAAUCCCCAUCCACGUGGUCCCUCACGAUACCAUUGGGAAAGUGUGUCUCGAGUCAGCCGUAGAACUGCCCAAGAUCUUGUGCCAGGAGGAGCAAGAUGCCUACAGAAGGAUCCACAGCCUCACUCAUCUGGACUCAGUAACCAAGAUCCACAAUGGCUCAGUUUUCACCAAGAAUCUGUGCAGCCAGAUGUCGGCCAUCAGCGGGCCCCUCCUGCAGUGGCUGGAAGAUCGGCUGGAGCAGAACAAGCAGCGGGUGCAGGAGUUACAGCGGGAGAAGGAAGAGCUCCUGCAGGAACUGGCCGCCCUGGAAUAGAGCCUCAGCCGGACGGAAAACCCGACACGUCCGCUCUGCGGACAGAGACACCGCGCGUAACCCCCGACAUUGGACCGGGCUUAACCCUGGGCCGGGCGCUGGGCCCGCUCUCCUUCCCUCGGAGGAAUGCUUAGUCCGUCACGCUCCAUCCAGACGGGGUCUUGACCGGAUUUCCAGCUCAACUGGCUAAAGCCGCCCUUCCCCUGCUAGCCAACGGCACGGAGACUUGCCACUUGCGUGUCACCAGCUUAGGCGAUGAGCAAAUCCAAGGCCGAGCUGCAGGGAGCUCGGGAGGAGAUGCCUGGCCCGUGACUUUCGAGUUGGUCUUCACCUUGAAAUCCCUCUUCCCAUUUUAAAAGAUUGCCGGCUCCCUGAGAUGAGCCAAGGGAGGAGGAGGAGGAGGAGGCCGGGGGUUUCCUCUGCCCGGUGGUAAUGGCGACUUGGGCGUGGAACAAGUGGACGAGCAGCGCGGCCGUGAUGAAUUGAAAGAGCCGCGUCUCACCGCCACACAGAUAGGAAAAGUGGAACCUUUCAAGCGGGUCAGGGUUUGCUUCGAGGUGUUCGGGCCUGGCGGAAUAAACCGCGCGCCGGCGCCUUCUGCUUUUAGGGAAAAUAAAUGAUUAUUAUUAUGGUAUUAUGUCAGUCAGUCAUAUUUAUAGAGCACAUUCAUCCAGCCAGUCAU